AUGUUCGCCAAGAUCGCUGUCCUCUUCACCGCCUCCAUGGCCGUCCUCGUCGCUGCUGGCGACAUCAACGACUCUUGCAACACCGGCGCUGUCCAAUGCUGCAACACUUCCUACGCUGCUGGCACCAAGGAGGCUAACCUCCUCGCUAGCCUCGUCGGCGUUGUCGCUGGUGCUAUCACCGGCCAGGUCGGUGUCAACUGCACCCCCGUCAGCGUUCUCGCCAUUGCUGGCAACUCCUGCUCUACCCAGCCCGUCUGCUGCACCAGCAACCACUUCAACGGUCUCGUCAACGUUGGCUGCAACCCCGUCAACGCCAACCUCUAA